UUCCAUUUUGAUUCGGUGGAGGGCGACGGGGACAGCUGGUAAGUUGUUGCAGAGCGACCGGCCUUUCCGUUUGGAGGAUCGAGAGAGAGUGAGAUGGCUUCCUCCAUUUGAGACCGAGAAGUGGAGAAUAGCGUGCGGCCGAGGAUUCCUCUCUUCCUCCUCCCUAGCUCUCUCUCUCUCUCUCUCGUUCCCCUUUCUUUUCUCCUUCUAUUUCUUGCCAUCGUCGCCUUUUGAUGCGAUAUCUCUUUGAUUGGAAACUUGGAUUCUUCAAUCAUUUCUCUCUCGAUGAGUUGCGGUAGAAUCCUGUGGAUUCUGUAAGAUGUGAAGGAUUUGGCUGUUGGAAUUGGGGAAUUCGUGUUUGUAUGUUGGGAUUUGAGAUUGGAUCGGGGAAAUCGGGGGAUUUCAGGGAUGUAUAUUGAGGAAUUAGCCGAGGGUGAUUCGGGGAGCUGUGGUGGAGGAGGAGGAGGAGGACGGCGACGAGGAGGGGAAGGUGAAUUAUCGAUUGUUGGGGUUAAUGGCAAGAAGGUUGGAUUAUCGGAUGCGAAGAGGGCUAUGGUUGGGGUUGGGGCUCGGGUUCUCUUCUAUCCAACUCUUUUGUAUAAUGUUCUUCGGAAUAAGAUCCAGUCCGAGUUUCGUUGGUGGGAUGAGGUCGACCCGUUUUUACUGUUAGGUGCUGUUCCAUUCCCUAGCGAUGUUCCUCUCUUAAAGCAACUUGGUGUUUGUGGAGUUAUCACAUUAAAUGAACCAUAUGAGACCUUGGUCCCCACAUCACUAUAUCUGGCUCAUGGGAUUGAACAUAUGGUGAUACCAACAAGAGACUACCUCUUUGCCCCAUCAUUUGGAGAUAUAUGUCGGGCCGUAGACUUCAUCCAUGAGAAUGCAUCCAGUGGGAAAACAACAUAUGUUCACUGUAAAGCAGGUCGAGGGCGCAGCACAACCAUUGUUCUCUGUUACCUGGUGCAACAUAGGCAGAUGUCACCUAGUGCAGCAUAUGCAUAUGUCAGAUUAAGCAGGCCAAGAGUUCUUUUAGCUUCUUCACAGUGGCAGGCUGUCCAAGAGUACUAUAGACUGAGGGUGAAGAAAACUGGAAGGUCUAGCUGUUUGGAUAAUCCAGUUGUGAAGUCACCAGCACUAGUCACCACCCAAAAACUUGUGGCUUUCGAUGACAGCUCCUUUGUGGUGAUAUCUGAGUCUGACCUUGAUGGAUAUGAUGGGGCUGUUGCACCUAAAAAUGUAGGCAAUAGCAUAUGGGCAGAGCUGAGCCUAGUAUACAGGGUGCCAUUAGCUGGCCAAGCAGUUUUUGCAAGGUUCUCAUGUUUCUGGCUUCGGUGCCAUGCUCCUCAGGAGACACUGUUGACUGACAAGAUUGGGAGGGAAAGCUGCUCUUUGGAGGCCGAUCAGCCAGGAAGUGGGCAUCCCUGUUUAUUGCAAGGAAUGGUGGUGAAAUUGUAAUCAUGUCCUUUUUUAAAUCCUUUUUUCCUGUGUCUAAAUCUCCAUAGGCUUUUAUGACAAGCUUUGGCAUUAGCUGGGAAAGCAGAUGAAAAAGACAGAGCUUGUUGUUGUGCACAUGAGUAUAAUUUGUACAUAUGAAAUAAAUUAUACAACAAUCUGCAAAGAGAUGAUGAAUGGCAUUGUUCAUAUUGCAUCCUCU